CUGGUUAAUUAUCCGUACUGCCGCCCACCUCGGUAGAAACGAGUCUUGAGCGCGCGGCACGCUCUCCUCUUCGUAUCAUCUUUCUCCAUGAAUCUACCACUCUGUUGACUUCUUGCCAGGUUCUGAUUCGCAAGCGACGAUACGGCAAUGCAUUAUAGCCGACAAACCCAGCACUGUCGAUAACGCUCGAUUCCUGCUUCGAUCAUCGACUAGGUACAACGAAUACCACCACCACAGCAACACUCACCAGCCCACCAUGACGCCCACCUCCGAGUUUGACGCCGGUGUAGAGCCUUCUGAAUUGGAGUGCCCCUUCUGUAUGAUCGCAACCGAAUACCCGCCUUAUGACCCUGUGCAGCCGCCUCAGGACGACGCAGUCCUCGACCCCAACCGUCUUCCGACGCCCGCCUACGUCGUCCUCUCGACCCCGACUCUCGUCGCCUUCCUCGACAUCCUUCCGCUGUCGCGCGGCCACCUCCUCCUCUGCCCGCGCACCCACCGCCCGAAGCUUACCGAUGCCUCGUCCGACGAGUCGGCCGAGUUGGGCCGCUACCUGCGCGUUCUCUCCAGCGCCCUCGUGCGCACCACGGGUGUCGAGGACUGGAACGUGGUGCAGAACAACGGCGCCGCCGCCGCCCAGGUCGUCAUGCACAUGCACUUCCACCUAAUCCCCCGCCCCGAGAUCCGCGCGAGCGGCCGCUACAGCGAGAGCUUCACCAUGUUUGGCCGCGGCCGCAGAGAGGAGCUGGACGACGAGGACGCCGAGCACUUUGCCAAAGAGCUGCGGGAGAACGUGGCCGACAUCUUGAGGGAAGAUAAGCACAAGUCCAAGCUUUGAAUAUGGACCUUGGGGUCCGAGCUGCCGUAUACCGCAGUACAAUUUGUUCGCCGUAGCGCUGCCUUUUACUCUUGUUUUGCUCAUUAUAAGACCUUGACACCAUCGGGAAG